CGGGAAUACGAUCACUCCAUGACUUUGACGAACAAUCCGAACGGACCUAUAUCUCGCAAAAGGGCAGCCCCAAUCAGCGUCGACGAAGCAAAUAAGGACAUCCGCCUCCAAGACCUCAAUCUCUACACACCAAGUAGCUCACACUCAUCAGCGUUUCCUGGAGGGGCCGGCGACCCAAGGGAAUUGAUAUGCCUCUGUACGAAGGCGCCCAAAGUUCCGAGACCGAGAAACGGUAAAUAUAGUAUUUCUCCUCGUUUUCCAGUAUUGCUUCCCAACCCAAGUUGGCUUCCUCACACUUUUCCCACUUUUGCCAUCCAAUUGUUUGAACGCUUUUAUUUUCCGUCUGGCCUCGUUACCGUUUUGAAAUGUUCUUAUUUGAUUUGACGGCAAGCAGGGGCACUUGUCUCGCAAUGAGCUGCACGUUGUACCAUGUCCCAAACGCAGGCACUGGCGAACUCAUGGAUACCCCUUUGUCCCACUUCCCGUCGUGUUUUAUCAAAGACUGUCGAUGCCCGGUGAAAGACGCUUGGAGGCCCUAGAGGAAUUAUAUCCAUUAUCAAGUUUCGCUCUUGUCAAAUUUAAUCCCCCUUAAUUCUUCAAGGGGCACAGGUCCUGUAUUUCACAUCUUUUCU